AGACGGCCAAGUUGGCUUUCGGGGCCGUCCUGUCGUUUUUGCACUUGGGAAUGGAAGCUGGAGGGGAGUCAGGAGUUCAAGGUCAUCCUUCACGUCAAACCCUAACCCACACACUUUGCGGAAGCAUGCAUGAGGCCCCUACCCUCAACCCCGAGCACAAAAAGUAACAUGCAGAAAAUUUUGUUUUUGUUUUUAUUUUGUUUGUUUUUCGAGACAUCCCUGGCUGUCCUGGAACUCGCUCGGUAGCCCAGGCUGGCCUCGAACUCACAGGGAUUCGCCUGCCUGUGGCUCCCGGGUGCUGGGAUUAAAGACUGGGAUUAAAUCCACGAACCAAUGUCGGAUUAUGCGUUCAAAUCGGGAAGAAAAAAAAAAGGCUUGGAUGCACCUGCUAGGACCAAGCGAGCUCACGCUGAGGGAACUCUCGCGAGCACGAGCGGGAUUUGCUAUCGGAAGACUGUGUGAAAAAUGUGAUGGCAAAUGUGUGAUCUGCGAUUCCUAUGUGCGACCAUGCACCCUGGUUCGAAUAUGUGAUGAGUGUAACUAUGGGUCUUACCAGGGCCGGUGUGUGAUCUGUGGAGGUCCCGGAGUCUCCGAUGCCUACUAUUGUAAAGAGUGCACCAUUCAGGAGAAGGAUAGAGACGGUUGCCCAAAAAUUGUCAAUUUGGGGAGCUCUAAAACAGACCUGUUCUAUGAACGAAAAAAAUACGGCUUCAAGAAGAGGUGAUGGGUGGGCGGCUCCUUCCUCCCACAUCAAGCUGUUGCAGCUGCCAGAAAAGACACCCACUACCACCAGCAGAGAGACCGGAGCCCAACGUGUCACCUGAACAGCCUGCUAGAGCUAGUGUCCUGACCCCUGACCCCUGACCCCUGCCUUUCCUCACCAUGCUGGUGGGGAUGGAAGAAGGGUCUUGACAGAGCGCUCUAGCAGACUGAAGACAAAUUGCUAGCUUAGUUCGUAGUUUGUUUUGUUCUAGUUGGAGAAGCAAGGCUCUGCUCUCUACUUUGAUAGAUUCUCUCCACACCAAAAGCUUCAAAAGUCUUCUCUCUGCGGCCUUGACAACAAAGCCGCUGCAGGCAAAGCAUGGCCUUGCAGCAGCUGUGAUGGCAGUGGUCUUCUGUGACCCUCAGUGUGGCCAGGAGCCAUCAGAACAGUAAUGUGAUGUAACACUUCCCAGGUGGCGCUGGUUUCAUGUUUUUUUCCUUCUUAGAAAUUGGAAGUUUCUGUUGUUAUAAUAAAGUUGGUGUGUAUUUUCUGGUA